UAUGAAAUGAAUAAAGUUUAAAGUGAGCAUUUGUUCAAUGAGUUUUUUGAAAUUUUUUUUUAUCUUUGAUAUGCAGUCUGUCAUUUACCAUUGCGGCGGCGCAUCCCCUUAAAUUUUGAGAAUGAAAAGAGUUUAUUAUGUAUUACCUUUUAAUAUAUUAUUAUAUUCUAUACAUCAUAGUAAUAUCAUUUUUAGAGAUGCACGACAUGAAGAUUAUAGAUGGCUAGAAGAAUUAGAAAUCCAGAUCAUGGCUUUUACUUAAAUUUUUCUAUAUAGAUACGAUAAAUAUCUUGAAUAUAAUUUAAUGAAAAAGUUAUAAUUUUGGUUAUUUUACCAUUUAAUAUUUUUAAUUAAAUAUAAGUACUGCUACCAAUAUAAAUCAAUCAUUUUUUCUUGUUUUAGACAAAUAUAAAUGAUCAAAACAGUGGUUUUUAUUCUUUUGCAUAUUGUUAUGGAAAUAGAAUCUAAAAAUUGCAAGUAUCGAACUCCACUUGGAAUGAGAAAUGGAUACAUAAAAGCUAGCCAACUUACAGCAUCAUCAAUAUAUAGCGGUGAUGAUGGGAAAAUAAAAAAUGACAAUUACAGACCACAUAUGGGAAGAUUAAAUAAUAAACAGUGUUGGUGUUCAAAGAAUCUUGGGUUAUCAGAAUGGUAUCAGGUUCAAUUUGAAAAAGUAACAACUGUUAAUGGUAUUGCACUUCAAGGUUUUGGAUAUGAAUCAGGAAACUACAUAAAAAAGUUUUCUUUAAAUUAUUCUCUGACAGAAAAUGGUGACUUUGUUGAUGGCCAGAUAUUUGAUGGUGUAGAUAAUGACAUCGAUGUAGUGUACAGAUGGAUUUUAUAUCCUAUUAAUGCUCUACGUAUUAGAAUCUUUCCACUUGCUCUUGGACGAAAUAAUCAUAUGUGUCUUCGAAUGGAAUUAUUUGGUUGUUUAAAUAAUAUUUUAGAAGAAAUUGGAAUGGAAAGUCAAAUAAUUUUAGACUCGCAGAUUUCCUUAAGUGCAAACUCAUAUGGUGGUAUAUCACAAGCACGCAUGUAUUAUGGGUCUGGUGAUUUUUAUUCCUAUCAUGACAAAAAAUUGUAUAUACAAAUUGAUUUGAUUCAUGUGAUGAGUAUUAGUGGUGUUGCAAUUAAAGGUUAUGAUAAGAAUAGUAAAAAUGUUGUUGAAAGUUAUUUGGUUUAUCUUGGUACAAAAGAUAAUUUAGAUAAAGAAUUAGUUGGUGAGUAUCCUGGUAGCUUUCAAUUAGGCUACUCUCCUGUAUUAUCAACUCUGAAUACUACAAUAGUUGGCAGUCAGAUUAAAAUUGUCAGAAAAAUGUCUAAUACUGACACUAGUUAUAUGGCUGUUGAAAUUUAUGGAAAGCGUCAAAUUUGUGGUGAUGUAUUUGUUCCAGUAUUUGCUGAAAUGUCUUCAAAAGUUAGUUUCACAAUAAUGGAUGCAUAUAUUGACAGCCCAUUCACAUGGUGUGCCUUAUCUAAUGAUAGUAGUCCAUAUAUAAUAAUUGAGUUGAAUCAAGUUUCUGCAAUAUCAGGUAUUAAUGUACAAGGUGAUUCUAACAGUGAUGCAUGGGUAACAAAAUAUCGAAUUUCGUAUGGUGUAGUUAAAUAUAAAAUGAAAGAUGAUAAGAAUUUAUAUAUUGGAAGUAAAGGGCGCAUAUUUCCUUAUACUAUUAACUGGUUUCCAAGUUUGUACCUAGCAAAGUAUAUAAAAGUAAUACCUGAAUCUUGGAAGAAUAAUUGUUGUAUGCGUGUUCAUGUUAGAGGAUGUACAAAACCUUUGGAUGCUCCUGCUCAAUUAAAGAUAAUUGAAGGAAACAAAAAGUUAGUAUUAAGUUGGAAGAAACCAGAUUCUCCAGUUCCAGUUCUAAAAUAUAAAAUAAAUGUCCAAUCACUGAAGCCAUACAACAGCUCAUUCUUUUUUUUCAAUACAAUGGAAACAAAUAUUACAAACAUUACCAUUGAAGUUGACUUUCAUGCAGCCAUCUUCAAUAUGUCUGUAGAUGUUGUGUAUGAUGAAGAUUAUUCUGUUAAAAUGGAAAGUAUACCGCAUUAUUCCAAACCAAUUCCACCUCCAACACCAACUCAUAAAGUGUUAAAAUACUUUGAUAACUACACUGAAGUAUUUGAAUGUCAGUUUUAUAGUGUAUCUGAUAUCAAUGGACCUGUCAGUUUUUAUGAGAUAAUAAUUGCAUAUGAGAAAAUAUCUUCACUGAAUAUGGAAACAUUGACUUUAAAAGAUCAAUUCACUGCUGAAUCACUAAACCUUUCUUAUUUUUUGGCUGCAACAUUUCCUUCAGAUAACUUCGCUUCCAGCUCUUUAAAAUUUUAUGAAGGUUUAGAAACAGUGGAGAAUUUGAAUGCUAGGCUCUCUACACUUAGAAAAUUUUUUCUUUAUAUUCGUGCUGUCAUUAACAUGAAGGAUAAUUUGUUUAGCAACUUAACAUAUUAUGGUAAUACCUCAAUGUUGACUAUAGAUCGCAAAACACUACCUAUAAAUAAUUUAAAAUUCGAUAAACGUCAUGGUCAUAUCAUUGCUUUAGUGAAAGGACCUUCAAAUACAAAGAUUUAUGAAGUUGUUGCAAUGAAAAUUAACAUGAGUACAAUCAUUAAAAAUGUUACAUCUACUUAUAAACAUUUUAAAGUUUAUGAAACUGCAGAUUAUAAUGAACCUUACAUUGCUGCUUCAUUUAAUGCUUCUAUGUAUGAAAAAUACAAAUAUUUUGUUUUAGGCAACAAUGAGAAGUUUGAAGGUUAUCAAGUUGGUAAUGUUCGAAACAAUACUAAUCAUUAUUUAAAUGGUAAACUGAUUCCUGGUCAAACAUAUACAAUGUUUCAAAGAAUUAUUCUAGAUGAUGGUAGCAUAUACACAAGUCCAUGGCUACAUGAGUUUAUGGCUACAUCCAAGUUGACUUCUUCAAUUGAAAAAUCAUCAACACACUCAUAUCUUUUUGGAUUAAUUGUGAUACCUGUUUUAUUUUGUGGUUUGAUUGCAUUUUUAAAAAUGAGAAAUAAAUUUAGUAAAGAUAAAUUAGUGCAGUCUAAAGUAAUCCAUAAUAGAAAUAAUGAAGAUGUGAUGCAAUAUCAGGAGUUGUCUUUAAAAUGCAAUAAUCCCUACACUACCUUACAAACUGUUCAGAAAUGGCCGCCAGUGUCUGUUAAUGCUUUUGCUGCUUAUUACUUAAAUGUAAAAAAAAAUGAUUAUAAAGAUCUUAUGACACAAUAUGAAAGUGUUUCUAAAAACAAAAUAUAUCCACAUACUGAAGCUACAAAAUAUCCACAUAAAAACAGAUAUGCAAACAUUGUCCCAUAUGAUCACUCACUAGUCAAAUUAGUUUCAGAUUUCACUAAUGAAAAUACUUAUAUUAAUGCAAAUUAUAUACCCUCCUACUCCAAAAAAGUAACUUACAUUGCAACCCAGGCUCCUAAGAAUGAAACUAUUGUUGACUUUUGGCGAAUGAUAUUUCAGGAAAAGCCUAAAGCUGUUAUUAUGCUUACUAAUCUAGUUGAAAAUGAUAAAAUAAAAUCUGCUCAAUAUUGGCCAGAAAGUAAUGAAGAAUAUGGCAGCCUUAAUGUUUGCGUUAUAAAAACAGAAAACUUUGCUGAUUAUAUUAUUCGUUAUAUUUCUUUAAAUUUCAAAGAAGUAAACCAUCAUUUUAUUCAUAUGCAGUUUACAUCUUGGCUUGAUAAUGGUUGUCCCGAAUACCCAACAAUGUUACUAUACUUUUGUCAUCGAUUUCGUUGUUUAGUGCCAUAUUCAGAUAAAUCUCUCACUGUUGUGCACUGCAGUGCUGGAGUUGGUCGCACAGGUGUUUUCAUUUUACUUGAUGAAAUGUUGCAGUUAAUUAAAUCAGAACAAAAAGUUGAUAUUUUCAAUUAUUUUGAAACUAUUCGUCAAAACAGAAUGCAAAUGGUUCAAUCAAAAGAGCAAUACAUAUUUGUUUAUGAUGCAAUUUAUGAAGCAGUAACAUGUGGUCAAACUGGUAUUUCAAUAUCAAAUUUUCCAACAACUCUUAACAAUCUACUCAUGAAAGAUUUUUCCUCUGGAAAAAAACUUAUUGAGGAUGAAUUUAAAAUUCUUAAAAGCAUUUCUCCAGUUCGAGAAAGUUGUUCUGAGACAGCAAUGAAGGCUGAAAAUUUGGGGAAAAAUCAAUACUCUCAAAUUUUGCCUGGAGAUAACUUAUUGGUAUCAAAUGAACUUUACCUUAAUGCUGUUUUUGUUGACGGUUAUAAAAGAAAAAAAGCUUUUAUAGCAACUCAGCGUCCAUCUCAAUCUACUGUCGCAGAGUUUUGGUAUGUUCUAAAGAAACAUAAUGUUUCAACUAUUGUCUACCUUACCUCUAGAAACGAAAAAAAAGAACCAUCAUAUUAUAAAUUUUAUCCAUCAGAUUGUGAUUUGAAACUCGAUGGUGUCACUGUACAAUUGUUAUCUGAAGAAAAGUUAGAGUCUGUAAUUAAAAGAAACUUGUCUGUGUCUGUUGAGAAUGAAACUAUCAUGUGCAUGUUGGAGUUUAAUUUUUGGUCUGAUAAUUGUUUACCAAGUUUUGACCUAAUUUUACAGUUGAUUACUGAAGUAACAAAAUCACAGCAAUAUUUAGGAAAUGAUAUUGUUGCAGUUGUUUGCAACAACGUAUUUAGUCGCUCUGGUAUUUUUAUUUCGUGUUUUAAUGCAAUUGAACAGUUGCAAAUCGAAGGGCUAGUUGAUAUAUUUCAGGUGGUGCGACGAACUCAAUUAGCGCAUCCUCAUUUUGUUCAAACUUUAUCUCAAUACGAAUUCGUUUACAAGUUGAUAAACAAUUAUUUGGAAACAUUUUCCUAUUACUUAAAUCUUACAUGAACUAUUCAGAAAGAAAAACGUUCCAAAAGUUUGUUAUAUAAAGAUUACAAAUUAUUUUUUUUUUCAAACUUUUUUAAGAGAUUUUUUUUGUUUUGUUUUAAAAUUAUAAAUAUUUUUCUGCUAAUU